CUGUUGCUAUGGGGAUAAUGACGCUGCGCUGGCUCUGCUUGGAUUAGUAGUUAGCCAGUUUAGCAGCGAAAGGUAUCCUGUCAAAUUGGAAAACCUUGGGAAUAAUCCAACACACUGCCAUGGCGUCAGCUUUAGAUACUCUCUGGGAAGACAGAGAUGUUCGGUUCGACAUAACGGCUCAGCAAAUGAAAACUCGUCCAGGAGAAGUUCUGAUAGAUUGUCUGGACUCAAUCGAAGACACAAAGGGAAACAAUGGAGAUCGAGGAAGACUCCUGGUUACUAAUCUGAGGAUCAUCUGGCACUCUUUGGCUCUGCCGAGAGUUAAUUUAUCUGUUGGUUACAACUCAAUUAUUAACAUCACAACGAGGACAGCGAACUCUAAACUGAGGGGUCAAACUGAAGCUCUCUACAUCUUAACAAAGUCUAACAACACAAGAUUUGAGUUCAUUUUCACAAAUUUGGUUCCAGGAAGUCCAAGACUCUUUACGUCUGUCAUUGCUGUCCACAGAGCCUAUGAGACAUCUAAGAUGUACCGGGAUCUGAAACUGCGAGCAGCCCUCAUUCAAAAUAAGCAACUUAGACUUUUGCCGCGGGAGCAGGUUUAUGAUAAGAUUAAUGGCGUUUGGAAUUUGUCCAGUGAUCAGGGAAACCUUGGAACCUUCUUCAUCACUAACGUUCGGAUUGUUUGGCAUGCCAACAUGAACGAGAGCUUCAAUGUCAGCAUUCCUUACCUUCAGAUUUGGUCCAUCAGAAUAAGAGACUCCAAGUUUGGCCUGGCUUUGGUGAUUGAAAGUUCACGCCAGAGUGGAGGAUACGUGCUGGGGUUCAAGAUUGAUCCCGUGGAUAAGCUGCAAGAUGCACUCAAAGAAAUCAACUCCCUGCACAAAGUUUACUCAGCUAACCCCAUCUUUGGAGUAGACUACGAAAUGGAGGAAAAGCCUCAGCCGUUGGAGGAACUGACGGUGGAACAGCCUCCAGAUGACGUGGAAAUUGAGCCCGAUGAGCAGACUGAUGCCUUCACUGCUUACUUUGCUGAUGGCGUGAAGCAACAAGAUCGUGAAGCAGUGUUCUCUGAGGAACUUGGCCUUGCUAUUGAAAAGCUGAAGGAUGGAUUCACACUUCAGGGGCUUUGGGAAGUAAUAGGUUGAAAUAAUACAGAACUCUAUGUAUAGAUUGGGCUUUUUUUAAUAGUAAGACAUUUAUUUAUUUAUAGAGAAAGAUCAAGUUUGUAUUAACUACAUGUAGAUACUUUAUUCCUGUACAUAUUACAUGUAUCAUCACAAUUUUUAAGCACUUUUAGUGCAGAGCUUUGACUAUAACUUCAUGUUUAUUGUCUUAUUUCAACAGAUGAUUGACACUUUUCUUUGUUAUGAAAAAUCAGAUUUAGGAGAUUUUUGGGAAGAAGUACUGAUGCUAAAUUAGAGAAAAAUGUUGAAACUUUUUUAAAAGUAUCAACUAAUCAGCUGUUGAGUGAAGCUGCUUUCUGGGUCCGUCCUUGUAGAUGUCAUAAACUAAUAGCAGAAAAAGACUCAUCAUUUUAUCAGUGAGCUGUGACUCACUCCAAAGUGUCCCUGAAAUCCUGGCACCCUGUGGCUCAACCAUGAGCUUAAGGUUAAAAUAAAGAUUUAAAACAAAA